UCCAGAAGGCCGCUCCCGCCCGCCCGCCCUCCGCCCCUUCACCACCACUACCACCCACUUCCACCAUCACUGCCUUCACCACCUACAGUGUAAAAGCAUCCAAGUAUCCCCCUCAGCCAACACUAAGCAGCCAAGCAUAGUCCUCGUUCAGGCAUCCAGUUCUCGUCUCGCCAGCGUCUUGUUUCGCCUGACGGUUUUUCUGCUCAUCUGCUUCUUAACCCAAACCGCCAUGGAUGAGGAACAGAUUGCCACUCGUGUGUGUGUGUCUACCUGCCUGAUAAUUAGCAACUACAGGAGGGGUUCAACAAGGUACCUCAGCUAUCUUUCACCUUAGGACUGACUGACUGAUUGACUGCUUCUGGCACCGCAACAAUGUUCACAGCGCUGUCUUCACCUCUGAUUAACCGCCACCACGUUCGCUGCACAUUUCUGGCACCGCAACAAUGUUCACAGCGCUGUCUUCACCUCUGAUUAACCGCCACCACGUUCGCUGCACAUUGCUAAAGUGACUCAACGAAGAAGUCCUGAACGUAAGAAAAUCCACCUCUUAAAAUCUCUAAAAUGUCUCUCAAAGUAUCAGUAAAAUUAAAUGACUCAGAAUACGAUGACUGAAAAAAAAACAGGAAUAAUAGAAGCAACAAAGGGAGAUUAUGAAGACGAACAUGAAGAAGACCAUCAUUCUACUCUGCCAUGCGAAAAUGAAAAGUUUAUGAAGAAAACGAAGAUAACAAACAUUCUCAUUCUACUUUACGGAGACGAGAGGCUGAAGACGACGAAAACGAACUAUAAAAUCAAGAACACCCUCGUUUUACUCUGCCCAUGCCAGAAUAAGCCAAAAGAAAAAAAAAACGAAGAACAAGAAUAAGAAGACUCCUGUACUUCACCACCCAUGCGAGGAUGAGAGAGAAGCUUAAAAAGUAAACAAAGAAGUAGAGAAGAGACACUUGUCCUACUCUUUCCUCUGCUCUAGACUGUGGCAGUGGUGAGGCAUACGUCACAUCCCUCACAAAAAAAAAAAAAAAAAGCAAUGCCAAAUAAUAAAUAGCUUACGCAAAUGGGACAAAACACAUGACCGAUUUCACGCCAACGAGGAGAGUGCAUAUUAUUUUUUGUGAAUACACCAAGGUCACUUCUACCUCGUGUGUGUGUGUGGGGGAAUGAGGCGAGUAGCGCAAGGAUGAUGAUGAUGGGUGAUAAUGAAGAACACAAAUAACAGUUGGAAUAAAAAAAAUACAAGAACACAAAAUCGUUAAUUGGUAUUUAUAACAUCCUAACCACGAAUAUCCAAGAAGAAAUAUACCAAUAAGAAAAAGAACAAAAAUACAAGGAAUAAAAAAAAGGAAAACACUAGAACAACAUCCUAGAAACAAAAAAGUUGCAAUCCACAAACUUCAUCCUAGACACCAAGAGACACAACACGACCGGCAUGAACAAAAGCCAACAAAUUAGUCCUUCUGACACUGACGGCCCGACCAUGAGUUUCCAUCACCACUGUAUGGCCUACCAAGCUGUGCACACAGAGAUGGACAGCCUUACAACAACCAUACCAAGAUACAAACAGGGGAUCAAGAGCUUUCCUGUUCCUCCCGACCCAAUUACAAAGGGUUCAACUCAAAUGGACAACUACGCAGGAGGCUGAUUGAGAGAGGGAGGGACACCCAUGAAGAAGGUGUUUCAGAUGUUCGACCAGGGCAAGACGGGCUUCGUGGAGUGCAGCAAGUUCGUCAAUAUCUUGAACACACUUGGCCAGGCCUUUGACGAGGAUGAGCUCAAGAACAGGAUUGCAGAAAAUGACCCGAACAAAGAAGGGAAGGUGGAUUUUGAAAAGUUCUGUGCCAUCGUAAUGCCCUUCCUGGAGGAGGACGACGACGAGGCCAUGCACGAGGAGCUCAAGGAGGCCUUCAGACUGUACGACAAGGGCGGCGAUGGCUACAUCACCACGCAGACAUUGAAAGAGAUUCUGAGAGAGCUAGACAACAAGCUCUCGGAGGAAGACCUGGAUGGCAUCAUUGACGAGAUCGACGAGGACGGUUCCGGGACAGUCGACUUCGAUGAAUUCAUGGAGAUGAUGACGGGAGAGUGAAAAGGAGAGCUGAACCUCAUUUCCUCGUCUCUCUCUCUCUCUCUCUCUCUCUCUCUCUCUCUCUCUCUCUCUCUCUCUCUCUCUCUCUCUCUCUCUCAUUUUAGUUUCAUUUAAUUUCUCUGAAUUUCUUUUAUAUAAUUUGGUCUUGUUUUUUUUUUUCCUCUAAUGCUUCACCUUUUUCCCUCAAUGCUCUUGCUUCCAUUUUUUAUUGAUUUUUUUUUUUUACUUUCUACACUGCGCAAUAUUCAACGUCUCUUUUACUUUUCCUUUUAUCAUUAUUGACAUGCUUGCAUAAGUUUUUUUUUUGUUUUGUUAUUACUUUGUCAUGCUUUUUUUCUUUCUUGCUUUGGCUUCACUCUGCCCACCUUUCUCCAUUCCAUCUACAAGUCUUUACCUAUAAGGCUUUGAGUAUACAUAAUUUGUAAUUCAUGUACGUAAUGUAUUUUUUGCCUGUAUCUUAAUAUCCUGCUGUUAACUGUCAGUGUAUGUAAAUGAUGUUCAACUUUUUUGCAAGUGUAACUAAACUUUUCCUUCACCUCAACAAUUAUCAUGUAUUUGGUUUCUUCUGUAAUAAGGAACGUUUCACUCAAGACACUCCCGCGCUUCCUCCCAAAUGCUGCAUAUCAAAAUAAGACAAAACCAAACUUUAAAAAAUACAAAAAAAAAAAAAAAAACAAGAUCACGUCUACUUCAUAAAUUUUCUUCAGGAACCA